AUGUCCGCGGAAGCCAGGGCGGCUUACGGAGAACCAGCCCGCGAGUGCCUCUGCCCGCCCGCCUCACCGCCUCCCCCGCCGCCCGAUGGGAGGGAGGCCAUGAGUAUGUCCAUGGGCGGCGUCAGCAGUAGCAGCGGCAGCGGCGUGAGCGGGAGUGUGGGCAACCCUGGCCGCCCACACUUCUCUAUCAGCUCCAUCCUGGGCCUCGACACUUCACAGAGACUCCGCCCACACGAACCUCAGAGCCCCCCGCCGCCCGCGCCCUACUCUCACGCCCACAUCGUCAGACCUGCCUCGCCCGCGUACCACAAGAGAAGCCCUUCGCCGACGCCCCACUUCGCGCUCGCCAGAGACGGGUCGGCGGAUCACGCCCACACGAGGUCGCCUCCGCAGCGGGCGGCGUCGCCGAUCUACCCGCUGUACCUGGGCGAGGGGAGCCAGGAGGCCUCUGUCGCCCAUACCCCCAUCGAGCACCUCCACUCCGCCCACGAUGCCCCUUACACGCCCACGGAUGACGCCCUCAUGGACGAUGACGAGGAGGAUGACGCCGGUUCGGGGGACGAGGACGAGGAGGGCGGCGGCGACCCCCCCGUGGGCGGCGGCGAGGACGUGGGCGGCGCGGACGAGGCCCGCCCACACGGCAUCGACAUCCACCACAACUCGGCCUUCGUCCGCCCGACGCCCCUGCAUCUCCGACCCGACGUCGAGGGCGUGGAGGCCGUCACGUCCCUCGGCGGAGGUGGGGGCGUGGCGGGUCCCCUGGGGGGCGGCCCUCUCAACCCCGCCGCCCAUCUGCCGCCCCUGUGGUACCCCCCGUGGGUGGCCGCCUUCAAGCCCACCUUCGGAUUGCAAGGUAGACAGCCUUCCUCUGUUCCGUUCCGCCUGGCGCUCGGCGCGGCCACGAGCAGGCUCUGCGCCGCGCCAGAGCCAGUCAGGAGAGCAAAACGAAGGAGACGCCCGCCAGUGAGGCUCUGA